AUGGAGUUGCAACGAGGUCGGAAGUAUUAUAAAGUGUUUUGUAUUUCGGCAUGGAUGUGUCUGAUGCGUCCAUCUCUUGGAUCCAUUAUUAAGGACUCUGUAAAAUGUACUGAGGGUUCAGUAGCUGCUGACGUGGAUGACUGCGCCAGCUACUUUCAGUGUAUCGACGAUGAAACUGUGCACCUAAAUUGUGCCAAUGGAAGUUAUUUUGAAGCGAACAAUGAAAUCUGUGUGGUGGACGAGUUUGGUGUGUGCCCUACUUCACAAAGAUUAUGCUUCGAUGGAGAUAUUUUUGAGGAUCUAAAUGAUUGCCUGUCCUACGUCAAGUGUAUUCGUGGAGAUCUGGUAAGACAAAGGUGUCCGGCAGGGAGCUACUUUAAUGUAAUAUCGAAAAACUGCCGAAUGUCGCGAACUGGAUCCUGUGCAUCUCCAAAAGAUAUAUGUUUGGAGGGUGAACUACAAGUGGACUCCGAGGAUUGUGGCGGCUAUUUGGAGUGCUUGAAUGGAGUCCUUGUGAAGGAGAAGUGUCCCAUUGGUAGCUACUUUGAGCCCAUAUUCAAACUCUGCCAGGUGGAUGAGAAUGGAGUGUGUUCGUCUUCUUCAAGUGAGUGUACAGAAGGAGAAGUUCGUGUGGAUCCAACUAACUGCGCUGGCUAUUACAAUUGCGAAAAUGGGAGACUAAACACUAAAACUUGUCCCAGUGGCACAUACUUUGAGCCCACAUACAAAACUUGUACAGUUGACUUAAAAGGAGUGUGUGUGGACCCACCAGCUAAGUGCACCGAAGGACAACUAAAAAUAGAUCCCAAUAACUGUGCAGGAUAUCUGAAAUGCAUCGACGGGGAGUUUGUGGAGGAGAAGUGUCCAGGUGGCACCUACUACGACUUCAAGCUUGAAACUUGUUUGGUUGACACUGAGGGCGUUUGUGUUACAAUCAAAAAACUUUGUAUCGAAGGACAGCGCGAAAAGGAUCCCAAGGACUGCACUGCCUACACACAAUGCAUUCGAGGUAGGUUCGAAAGUCUUAGGUGUGAUUCCGGUAGAUAUUUCAAUAUGACGCGUGGAGAAUGCCUCGCCGAUUUGUACGAAGUGUGUUUAAAAUCACGGAAAGAUCGUUCAAGGAUUGUGGAACAUCAUCAAUAUGAUGAGAGUAGUACCUCUAGUACUGAGAGUACUGAUGCUGAUUUCCAAUCUACUGAUUCUGAUCUGCAAGAGCUUACUUCCCAAGCCUCCUGUAUCUUUGACUUGAAUGGAGCUUGUGUAGGUCAAUCAACAAUCUGCACGGAAGGCAAGAAGCAACGAGAUGUCAAUAAUUGUGCAGGAUACCUUAAAUGCAUCGAUGGAGAGUUGGUGGAGGAGGAGUGCCCCGAGAGGACCUACUACGACUCCAAUUUGGAAACCUGUUUGGUGGACAAUUAUGGUGCUUGUGUCACAAAUUCUAGUAGCUGCGUUGAAGGAAUUGUAGAAGAAGAUCCGAAAGAUUGCGCCGGAUACACCCAAUGUAUUCGAGGCAAGGUGGAACCACUUAAGUGCGCAUUUGGAAGGUAUUUCAAUGGUACCCACGGGGAGUGCCUCAUUGAUGAGGAGCAAGUUUGCGCUAAGUCAAGAGUUGACUAUGACAGGGAUUUAGAACAGUUUCAGUAUUCGCAGAGUACUAGUGAAUAUAUGCAGGAAAAUGCAAGUACGGAUAAUACAAUUGAGGAUAUUAGUACCGAAAGUUCUAGUGCUGAUUUCAAUCGAUACACAGAUUCGAAUUCAUAUACGGAUACGGAAAGCAUUACGAAUGAUGUUCCUAUAAGCACGGAGGGUUAUACUUCCUAUUUGCAAACAACUGCUAUAAGUCUGCAGCUCACCACUUUAGGCGGAGUCCACAAUCUGGAAAACAACACCGGUACUUGUGUCUAUAACAAUAAACUGUUUAUAGAAGGAAUUCGAGAGGUGAAUCCCCAGGAUUGCGCUGGAUACAUAGAAUGCUUUAAAGGUGUGGCUACGGAACUUAAGUGUGAUUCGGGCAGAUACUUCAAUGCAACCCAAAGAAAUUGCUCCAUUGAUGUGGAUGAGGUCUGUUUAAAGUCAGAUAAGACAAUUGUUCUCGACUUACAAACUACUACUGAGUCAACUCCAAAUUUCACCACCUCCGUCGACCCGUUUGCCAAAUGCAGGGAUGGUCAGCUUAGGUUAGAUCCCAAAAACUGUGCAGGAUUCCUGAGGUGUGUCGAUGGAGAGCUGAAGGAGGAAGUGUGUCCCAGUGGCUUCUUUUAUAAUUCUACAUCGAGCAAAUGUAUGGUUGAUAUGCGAGCCACUUGCGUCACAAAUAUCAAAUUCUGCAUAGAAGGAGUUCGCGAAGAAGAUCCCAACAACUGCGCUGGUUACAGACAAUGCAUUCGAGGUGUGGUUCAAAAUCUGAAUUGUCCCCUUGGACAAUACUUUAAUGUGGCAGAAAGAGAUUGUCUUAUGGAUGUGCAUAAGGUGUGUGCAAGGACAGAAGAGGUGUAUAAGUUAGAUGAGGUGCAACACAAUGACACUGCUCCACCGCUUACUAAACCCGAUGAGUUCUGCAUCAGAGACAUAAAUGGGAUUUGUAUUGAUCCACUUGCAAAAUGCAGAGAAGGACAACUUAAAAUGGAUCCUAAUAAUUGCGCAGGAUACCUCAAGUGUCAAAAUGGCGAGCUGAUUGAGGAACUUUGCCCCAAUGGCUUCUACUACGAUCUGGAACUGAAGAUAUGCUCGGUUGAUAGAAGAGGAAUUUGCGUCACUAACAUACAAAUUUGCGAUGAAGGAGCACUUGAAGAGGAUCCACAUGACUGUGCUGGUUACAGGCAGUGUAUUGGUGGGCAGGUCGAAAAUCUGAAAUGUCCGCCCGGAACAUAUUUUUAUGUGCCACUUCGAGAUUGUCUUAUUGAUGUGGAUGAAAUCUGUGUGAGGCCAGAAUACAAAUAUUUCGAAUAUUAACGUGGAAUUGAUUAUGUUCUGGAAGUAUUUCUAUACGAUAAGACAAGAAUAUUUAAAUCUAAAAAACGAAGCAAAAGAAAAGAAACAGUAAUUGCUCUAAUCAGGGUAGCUACUUUACCAACCUGAUUAUUUUCGCAUGAAUAAUAAAUAUGCAGGCAUGAUAAGUUCGAAGUA